AUUAGGGUUUAUACAAUAGUCGCCUACACUCCUCACCCCCACAUAUAACCGAUAACCAAAAUUCAUAAGGCGACCAUAAAUUUCAUUUUCAGUUCCUAUUUGCAGAUCCAUCCAUGGCACCUGCUCUUACCAGAAGCUUGACUUCUGCUUCUGUUGCAUCUUUUGCCCCUUCAUCAUCCUUCUCUCUUAAGGACAGCAAUCGGUUGCUGAAUUUCCGACUUUCUUCUUUUUGCCCUGGAAAUGGUGUCCGGAAUAGCUUUUCUCGCUCUGCUAUCAGGUGGAAGCUCCCAAGAGAAGAGAGAAAAGUAGUAGUCCGAUGUGAGUCCGGGAGCGCCGUUGCUGAGAAGGAAGCUUCCGACACGUCUGGUGAACGGCAUGAAUACCAGGCCGAGGUCAGCCGGCUAAUGGAUUUGAUAGUUCACAGUCUAUACAGCCAUAAGGAGGUAUUUCUAAGAGAACUUGUGAGCAAUGCAAGUGAUGCAUUGGACAAGCUGAGGUUUCUAAGUGUGACGGAUCAAUCGUUACUUGGGGAUGCUGGAGAGCUAGAAAUUCGCAUAAAGCCUGAUCCAGAUAAUGGAACCAUUACUAUAACGGAUACUGGCAUUGGUAUGACGAAGGAGGAGCUAAUAGAUUGUCUUGGGACUAUUGCACAGAGUGGUACAUCGAAAUUCUUGAAGGCUAUUAAGGAAAACAAUGAGCAUGGAGCUGACAAUGGGCUAAUUGGUCAAUUUGGUGUUGGAUUUUAUUCAGCAUUUCUGGUUGCCGAGAAGGUGGUUGUUUCUACCAAGAGUCCUCGGUCUGAUAAGCAGUUUGUGUGGGAGGCAGUGGCUGACAGUAGCUCAUAUGUGAUUAAGGAAGAAACUGAUCCUGAAAAGUUACUUCCCCGUGGAACCCAGAUCACACUUUACUUGAGGCCCGAUGACAAAUAUGAGUUCUCGGAGCCUUCUAAAAUUCAAAGUUUGGUGAAGAAUUACUCACAGUUUGUUUCAUUUCCCAUCUAUACUUGGCAAGAGAAGUCCAAGACUGUAGAGGUGGAAGAAGAAGUAGAGCCGAAAGAGGGAGAAGAAGUACCUGAGGGUGAGAAGAAAACAAAGAAGACAUCUAAAACUGAGAAAUACUGGGACUGGGAGCUAGCCAAUGAAACCAAACCUAUAUGGAUGCGUAGCCCAAAGGAAGUUAAGAAGGAAGAUUAUAAUGAGUUCUACAAGAAGGCGUUCAAUGAAUUCUUGGAUCCACUUGCACAUGCACACUUCACUACUGAGGGUGAGGUGGAGUUUAGAAGCGUUCUUUAUAUUCCUGGCAUGGCGCCUCUUAACAAUGAAGAUGUUGUGAAUCCAAAGACCAAGAACAUACGUUUGUAUGUGAAGCGAGUAUUCAUUUCAGAUGAUUUUGAUGGUGAACUGUUCCCACGGUACCUGAGCUUUGUGAAGGGAGUAGUUGAUUCAGAUGAUCUUCCUCUUAAUGUGUCUCGUGAGAUCCUCCAAGAAAGCCGAAUUGUUAGAAUAAUGAGAAAAAGGCUUGUCAGGAAAACAUUUGACAUGAUUCAAGAAAUUUCGCAAAGUGAAAAUAAAGAGGACUACAAAAAGUUUUGGGAGAACUUUGGGAAGUUUUUGAAACUAGGUUGUAUUGAGGAUUCUGGGAACCAUAAACGUGUAACACCACUAUUGAGGUUCUUCUCAUCGAAAAGUGAGGAAGAACUAAUAAGCUUGGAUGACUAUGUUGAGAAUAUGAAUGAAAACCAGAAAGCUAUAUAUUAUUUGGCUACUGACAGCUUGAAAAGUGCCAAGACUGCCCCUUUCGUGGAGAAACUCCUUCAGAAGGAUAUUGAGGUGCUUUAUCUAAUUGAACCCAUUGAUGAAGUUGCCAUCCAGAACCUACAGACAUACAAAGAAAAGAAGUUUGUUGACAUCAGCAAGGAGGAUUUAGAACUUGGUGAUGAGGAUGAGGUUAAAGAACGAGAAAUCAAACAAGAGUACAUCCUUCUUUGUGAUUGGAUAAAACAACAACUUGGUGAGAAAGUGGCAAAAGUGCAAGUUUCAAAGCGUUUAAGCUCAUCCCCGUGUGUUCUUGUUUCUGGCAAGUUUGGGUGGUCUGCUAAUAUGGAAAGGUUGAUGAAAGCUCAGACUCUUGGGGAUACUUCAAGUUUAGAAUUCAUGAGGGGAAGAAGAAUACUGGAGAUCAAUUCUGAUCAUCCAAUUGUUAAAGACCUUUUUGCUGCAUGCAAGAAUGAGCCAGACAGUUCCGAUGCCAGGAGAGCUGUUGAACUCCUUUAUGAGACGGCUCUAAUUUCAAGUGGUUUCACGCCUGAUAGUCCAGCUGAAUUAGGAAACAAGAUAUAUGAGAUGAUGGCUAUGGCUCUUGGAGGAAGAUGGGGCAGGCUAGACAGUGACAAUGAGGAGGCUUCUUCUACAGAGGAAAGUGGUGCUGCUGAAUCCAAGUUGGAAACGGAGGAAACGGAAGUUGUUGAGCCGUCUGAAGUUAGAGCGGAGGAUGAUCCGUGGGGGGCUUAAUAAUCUUGAUGAUUAACUACCAAACUUGCCUUUACAAUAAUGCAAGCUAGUAAUUUACUAUUUGUUUGGGAAGUUUUGUCUUAUUUGCAGAAAGGAAACAGUUAGGUGGUGGCAGAGGGUAGUGGUUAGAUUUUAUGGUGAAGAUAGAUGAAUUAUU